GCGAGAGGACGGAACUGCGGGACUUCACUUUUGCACACACCCCUCCACACACGGCUCGUUUCUGACUGAGGAGACUGUGCGGACCUCGUCUUCGACCCCACCCUGUCCUUGGAGUACAGUUGCACACGUUUUUACUCUCUUUCACGCUGUUUUUAACCUCGUAUUUUGGCUGCUGACCAUGAGGAUCCUCAGACUGGUGCUUCUGAUCGCGCACGGCUUCGCAGUUCUGUCCCGAUUUGCCGCCGGCGCCUCCCUGGAGCGGCACGUGAGCGAGACACCGGAGCAAACGGCCGCCGUGGGUCUGUCGUGGUCCCCGCGGGGAGGACACGGAGCGGGGGAUACGGGGGCCGUGGAGCUCCAACAGCAAGACGAUGAGUACUAUGAUGAUGAUGAUGAGCUCUCCGGAGACUAUGGCGUCGGACUGCCCAGAGUGGCCUUUUCCACCAAACCCAAAGAUCUGUCUAUGGUGCUCAGCCCUGAGCGCAAAGGAAAGGGCAGGAAGGGCAAGAAGGGCAAGGGCAGGAAAAGGGACCCUUGUGAGAGAAAGUACAAAGACUUCUGUAUUCAUGGAGUCUGCCGGUACCUGAAGGACUUAAGGACACCAUCCUGCAUAUGCAUGGCUGGCUACUCUGGAGAGCGGUGCCAUCUCUUCACCCUGCCAGUGGUAACUGAAAAAGGUGGCUACAACAGGACCACAGCUCUGGCUGUGAUGGCGGUUGUUCUGUCCACCAUUUGUUUCAUCAUCAUUGGCAUCCUGCUGGCACUCAGGUGUCACAAACAAGGCGAAUACAAUGUGGAGACUGAGGAGAAGGUGAAGCUGGACACAGAUGUGAGAGGCUGAGAAAGCGAGACUGUGAAGGAAAUGGAAUUUCUACCUCAACGAAAUGGAGAAGUAAAAUGACCAGCAAGAACUUUAUUUGGAAGAAGGGAAGAUGGAGCCUGCAGCACAUGUGACUGCUAUCCUGUGAACACAUUAGAUUUGGGGGGGAAGAACAUGCAAGAUGUCUCUGUCCCAUUGUGUGGUGGACUCCUGGAAGGCUAGGAGGUGGAGUCAUGCAAGUGACCAGGUCCUGUUGUGGUCCUGUGCUGCUCCUCAGCUGUGUUUCCUGCAAAUGUGGGAGACGGGAAAAUGGUUUCCUUUUUAGAAAGGUCUUUAUGCCGUGUGAAGAAAUUCCCCCCUCCACCCGACCCUGACUUGUCAUUGUUUUCAGUUUAUAGUUAAACUAUUUAUAUGGUCUAAUUUAUUUAUUUAUGUACUGCUAGAUUUGGUUUGUCCAAAAAAUGCACUACCAGAUUUGUAUGUCCUCUAUUUUAUAUAGAUGUUAAGUUUUUAACAAAAGGCAAAUGUACAGCCUGUUGGUCUGAAUGUUUUGAAGAGAAUUCAUUUAUCAAUAUUUUGCUUGAUUUAAUACUUGCAUUACUUCCAUCCACAGUUGCUUAUGUGAUACAAGGGCUUAGUCUGUAUUAACUACCUAUUAAGCAGAUGUGUGCAGGAAGAUGUUUUAAUGUUCCACUGUUGGGCACAAGGUUGUCUCGACGCUACAAAUAGCCCCGUCAAUGUUAACUCGGCUAAUCUCAAAAUGUGAA